GGCGGGGCCCCGCGGCCGUGUCUUCAGCACCGCUGCAGCCGCCACCGCCGCGGGAGCCGGAGCGGGCUGGGCCGCUGAGGCAAGAUGGUGGACUACAGCGUGUGGGACCACAUCGAAGUAUCUGACGAUGAAGACGAGACGCACCCCAACAUCGACACAGCCAGCCUCUUCCGCUGGCGGCACCAGGCCCGGGUGGAGCGCAUGGAGCAGUUCCAGAAGGAGAAGGAGGAGCUGGACAGGGGUUGCCGUGAGUGCAAGCGCAAGGUGGCCGAGUGCCAGCGGAAGCUGAAAGAGCUGGAGGUCGCUGAGGGCACAGGCAGCCAGGGAGAGCUGGAGCGGCUGCAGGCUGAGGCACGGCAGCUGCGCAAGGAGGAGAGGAGCUGGGAGCAGAAGCUGGAGGAGCUGCGCAAGAAGGAGAAGAGCAUGCCCUGGAACGUGGACACACUCAGCAAGGACGGCUUCAGCAAGAGCAUGGUCAACAUCAAGCCAGAGCAGGCAGAGGAGGACUCGGAGGAGGCAAGAGAGCAGAAACACAAAACCUUUGUAGAGAAGUAUGAGAAACAGAUCAAGCACUUUGGCAUGCUCCGCCGCUGGGACGACAGCCAGAAGUACCUGUCAGACAACGCCCACCUGGUGUGUGAAGAGACGGCCAACUACCUGGUCAUCUGGUGCAUUGACCUAGAGGUAGAAGAGAAAUGUGCACUCAUGGAGCAGGUGGCCCACCAGACCAUCGUCAUGCAGUUCAUUCUGGAGCUGGCCAAGAGCCUGAAGGUGGAUCCCCGUGCCUGCUUCCGGCAGUUCUUCACGAAGAUUAAGACAGCCGACCGUCAGUACAUGGAGGGCUUCAAUGAUGAGCUGGAGGCCUUCAAGGAGCGCGUGCGGGGCCGUGCCAAGCUGCGCAUCGAGAAGGCCAUGAAGGAGUACGAGGAGGAGGAGCGCAAGAAGAGGCUUGGCCCUGGCGGCCUGGACCCCGUCGAGGUCUACGAGUCCCUUCCUGAGGAGCUACAGAAAUGCUUUGACGUGAAGGACGUGCAGAUGCUACAAGAUGCCAUCAGCAAGAUGGACCCCACCGAUGCGAAGUACCACAUGCAGCGCUGCAUCGACUCCGGCCUCUGGGUCCCCAACUCCAAGUCCAGCGAGGCCAAGGAGAGGGAGGAGGCGGGGCCUGGGGAUCCCUUGCUGGAAGCCGCCCCGAAGUCAGGGGAUGAGAAGGAUGUCAGCGCGUGACCCGUGACCCACCCUGGCCGCCGCCCACCUGCCUGCAGGCCCCUGCAUUCCCGUUUUCAGAAAACAAAAAUAGACACCAUCUCCCCAGCCCCUGGCUUUCUCCACUUUCGCUGCUCCCCGAGCCCUGGGGGGAGGAGGCUGUGCUCCCUCCCUCCCUCUCCACUGCCCCCAGCGCUCAUCGAAGUCUCUGAUUUGAGUCAAGGGGCUUCGCUGCCUGCAGCCCCCCAUCAGCAUUAUGCCAAAGGCCCUGGGCGUCCAGGGAGGGGCAGAGGGCUCCAGGUCGCCCAUAGGUGGAGGGGAGGGUCCCCAGCUGGGGGCCUCCUCCAGGCACCGUGGGCUGUGUUCACUGUUGGUCUGCUGUUGAGUCUUCUAUUUGGUAAAUAGCAAUGAUCGUCAAAUAAAGAGUUUCGGAUGCUGUU